GGUCACUGCGUCAGUAUACCGGCAACUUUUACGUAGAAUGUGCGUGCACGCAUGCGCAGCUAUGUAUUGUCGUAAUUAAUAUCGAUAACAAUAGUAAAUAUUUUUAAUAACUCAAUUUCAUUAUUAAAUCGCGAACCGUGUGAUGUGUUGAAAAUAUUUUAAAGCCUUAAGAUUUUAUUAAAGAUAUGUCGAAUAUCCCGUUGGUUCGUCGUGCGAUAGCUGGGGCUGCAUUAGCCCACAGUUCUACGUCAAAUGAUGUUGAACCCUCAACAAUAAGUCCUGGUGAGGGCAGUCAAUGGACCCCAGCUGCUUUGGAAAGGGCUGGAUCCACUCUAAAGGCAUUGAACCGUAUGGCAAAACGGCCCCCUGUCCACAUUUUAUUCGAAGAUAUUGGAUUUACCAUAGGUUCUGGAAAAGAUGAACGUCGUAUUUUACACAAUGUAUCGGGCGAAUUUCGAUCAGGCGAAUUAACUUGCAUCUUGGGACCAUCUGGCGCUGGCAAGUCUUCACUACUGAACAUACUUGCUGGAUACACAUCAAACGGUGUAAACGGUCGGAUCACGGUCAAUGGACAUGCACGAGACAUGAGAUUAUUCAAGAAACUUAGCAGUUACAUUAUGCAAGAUGACCUACUGCAGCCCAGGCUCACAGUCAGCGAGUCCAUGAUGAUAGCCGCUGAUCUUAAACUUGGGAGAGAAUUGGGGAGAAAAGAGAAAGAACUCGUAGUCGAAGAAAUCCUCCAAACUCUCGGUCUCUGGGAGCAUAGAGAAAUCAUGUCCAAUCAUCUCUCAGGGGGUCAAUCAAAACGUCUCUCCGUGGCCCUAGAAUUGGUUAACAAUCCACCGAUCAUUUUCCUUGAUGAACCUACCACCGGACUCGACGUGGUAUCCAUCCGGCAACUGGUUGUGCUUUUACGCCUCCUCUCACGACAAGGAAGAACAAUAAUAUGCACAAUACAUCAACCAUCGGCCUCAUUGUUCUCACUUUUUGACAGAGUUUAUGUCUUGGCUAGAGGAUUAUGCUGUUAUCAGGGCGCUGCUCCGCUCCUCGUGCCAUUCUGUGCAGAAAUUGGACACAUUUGUCCAACCACCCACAAUCCAGCUGACUUCGUCCUGGAAACACUAGUUGGGAAUUCAGAAAGCGCGGCGCAAAUGUCGGAACUAUGUCAAAAUGGAAAACUUUGCAGGAAGCUUGAUCGGAUGACUUUAAGGGGUGGACGAAAACCGGUAUUACACUCAGACGAAUCUAUACAAAGGAUAUUUGUGGAGCACGUCGCUAAAGAACAAAUGCAGAAAAUGGAGUUUCCAACUACAUUCAUGACUCAAUUCUCGAUAUUGAUUUAUCGAAUGUUCAAACAAUCUAGCAGAAAUUCGGUAAACCUAUGGAUUCAACUUUUACAUCAUGUAAGCGCAGCCGUACUUGUUGGUGGAAUUUUCUUUCUGAUUGGUAAUGACGGACAGAAGCCAAUGGCUAAUUUCAAGUUCUGCCUUAGCUGUGUCGUCUUUUUCAUGUACACUUACAUCAUGAUACCUGUGUUAUUAUUUCCAUUGGAGCUUCGUAUGAUACGAAGGGAAUACUUUAAUCGAUGGUAUAGUUUGAAAGCAUAUUACGCAGCUCUAACUCUAUCGACAUUACCAAUAAUGCUUAUAUUAGGAACAUUGUUCAUACUAAUAUGCUAUUUUAUGUCUGGCCAACUGUUGGAAAUGGACAGACUAAUUCUUUUCAUAGUCACUGGCAUCUUGACAGGUCUGUGUUCCGAAGGUUUUGGUCUUCUAAUCGGUUCUACUUUCAAUGCUACCAACGGUUCAAUCAUCGCACCAGCAACUGUAGCUCCAUUACUCGCUUUGUGUUGUUACGGCACGGGCUUUGGACCAUUCAUCGAAAAAAUUAUGAAAUUUCUCAUGUCAAUGUCGUAUCUACGCUAUGGUUUAACCGGAUUCUGCCUAGCAUUAUACCAUAAACGCCCACUUAUGGAGUGUAAUGCCGAUUUCUGCUUAUAUGCAGAUUCAAAAAUUCUGUUGAGAGACUUAGGAAUGGCAAGUGAAAAUUUUGAAACACAAGUUAUCGGUUUACUAAUAUUUACAAUAUUUUUCAGAUCAGUAGCAUACUUCGCGUUAAGAUAUCACCUAACGGCGGAGUUUACAAGCAAAUUCAUGACUUACAUAAGUAAAUUUUUGAAGCACAGAUAGUUAAAAAUAAAAUGAACUUUAUUGUGUUCAUGUAAUAAAUAUGUAAAACAUAAUAAACUUACCUCAUCAUUUGUUACAUUCUAAAUUAAAUGUUUCGCAGUAAUGCUUUCUUAUUAACGCAAUAGUAACUGUCAAUAUAAAUCAGUCCAACUUUUUACUAAAACUUACGAUUAGAUAUUUCAACUAAUAAUCAAAUAGUUACUAUCGUUCUUUAAAAUGGUCCUUAGUUGUAUUAGUAAGUUAAUUUAAGAAAAAAAAAUCUAAUAAUUAAUACCUUACCCAAACCCUACAAUUUAGGGUAUUUUUUUUUAAUAUUUACGUGGACGAACAUAUAGGCCAACUGAUGGUAAGUGGUCACUACCAUGCGUAUAUAUUGACGCUGUAAGAAAUAUUAACUAUAACUUACAUCGCCAAUGUGCCACCAACUUUGGGAACUAAGAUGUCUUUGUGUCUGUAGUUAUACUGGCUCACUGACCGGAACACAACUGCAUUGCUGCUUGGCGGUAGAAUAUGUUAUGAGUAGGAAGUACCUACCCAGACGGGCUAGCACAAAAUUAGAUGGACUUUUAAGAUUUUAAAGGCCGGCUGUCUCAAGUCAACCCUCUAUGGGAAUGCUUUUCCUGGUGAUCCAUUUGUUGGCUCCUACACCAACGGUUUUAGAUAAAUUAGCAUUCUACUCUGCAGGAAGCCGAGCGGAUACUUGCCUUUACUUUAAAUAAUAAAUUUAAUGAACACUUAUUAGGGUAAAUAACGGGUAGAUAAAUAAAAAUCUAAGUAUUCUGUGAUCUUGAAUUAAGAUAAUAUAUUAUUCAAUUAUGUAUUUAUAUAUAGUUAUAUUAUGUUAGAAAUAAAGGCACUCGGUAGGUACCUCUUUAAUUAAGUAAGUUAAUUUUACAAAUUAUGUAUAUGUCAUUGCAUGUGCGAUUGCAAUUUUUUUGUUAUUGAUUAUAAUGUUACAAUAUAUUAAUAACAAUUCUGCCUGCCAUCUUGUAAAGAUAUGAUACUAAAUAAAAGGUGUUUGAAAAAACGGUGUUUUAUUUUACUUUGAUUUUUACACCUAAUAU